CCGGCCAGAGGCGCACGUCAGCGAAGAUGGCCAAUCUGUCUCCUGCGCAGGCGCAGUGGUUCGCGAAGCGCCGGAAGCUCAGGGGGAUGGGGCGGCGGUGACGCGAAUCUGUCCGCGUUGGAGGGGCCGGGCCGCUGCCGUAGUCGCCGCGGCUGCCUCGUGACGUGGCACAGCCGAAGAUUUAACGCCGGAGCCGGAGCUGCCCCGCCAGUCGUGGAGCAGGUCCUCACCCCACUGUCCCGGAGCUUCUUCGGACAGGCCGGCUAGCGAACCGUCCCCGCAGCCGUCUUUCUUUCUCAGCAGCUCUUUCCUCGCUGAGUUUUCUGGGAGCGUAAAAGGAGAAGGCCCGGGGACCUUUUGCUCGUGCCCAUUGCAAGUGCCACUACCGCCAUGGGCCUCACCAUCUCCUCCCUCUUCUCCCGCCUCUUCGGCAAGAAGCAGAUGCGCAUUUUGAUGGUUGGAUUGGAUGCUGCUGGCAAGACGACCAUUCUGUAUAAACUGAAGUUAGGGGAGAUAGUCACCACCAUUCCUACCAUUGGUUUUAAUGUGGAAACAGUAGAAUAUAAGAACAUUUGUUUCACAGUAUGGGAUGUUGGUGGUCAAGAUAAAAUUAGGCCUCUCUGGAGGCAUUACUUUCAAAAUACCCAGGGUCUUAUUUUUGUGGUAGAUAGCAAUGAUCGUGAAAGAAUUCAGGAAGGAGCAGAAGAGCUGCAGAAAAUGCUUCAGGAAGAUGAGUUGCGAGAUGCAGUGUUGCUGCUUUUUGCAAACAAACAGGACUUGCCGAAUGCUAUGGCUAUUAGUGAAAUGACAGAUAAAUUAGGUCUUCAGUCCCUUCGUAACAGAACAUGGUAUGUUCAAGCCACUUGUGCUACACAAGGAACCGGUCUGUAUGAGGGACUUGACUGGCUGUCAAAUGAGCUUUCAAAACGUUAAAUGAAGCUGGAUAUCUAACCAAGGACAUGUUUGAUAGAAUUGGUCUAGGCUUGUUACAACAAAAUUAGUUUGCAUCUUGGUUAUUAAACAGUAUCUGGGACUGGUUUGGGCAGAAUAUUACUGCGUUUAAACUUAUUUUGUUGCCAAUUAUUGUUUACCAAGUAUAAUAUUGCCAUUUAGCAAUAUGCUUGGUUUUAAAGAGAUUUCUCCUUAACUUGGGAAAAAAAAAGUGUCCUCUUUUAAUUUUACUUCCCUUAAGCCUAAAUGCCUGGACUUAGCUAAUGUGACACCUUUAAAUAAAUCCAUUUUGAAUGUUUGGUUUUUUUUGUUUGUUUGUUUUUGAGCCCACAAGAAAUAAUGUUUUAAAGUUACCCCUUGUUACUUUAAUGAUACCUGUAUCAUUCCUGGGACAGUCUGCUGAUUUAAAAAAAAAUGUAGCAUUCCAUUUGUAUUUAUUUCCCCCCCUUGCCAAAAAGAUUUUUUAAUACUGCUUGUACCAGCCAGGGAAAUGCUCCAAAACACUAUUCAGAUCUUGCACUGAGGAACUUCUAUUUCUCCCCCCAUUGUUAUUGACUCCUGGCUUUCAUCAGCCAAGCGUACCUUGGUGUGGUUUGGAUUUGAUAAUUAGUUCUGUGCUAGAUGCAAAGAGUGCAUAUGGAGAUGAUUUUUAAUCCUCAGCAGAUUGUCUUCCUUUAUAUUGUAUCUUUUUUAUGUUGCAUGUUGUUUUUGGUAUCAGUCUGACUCUUUGCCCAGUAUAUGAUAGUUCUGCUGAUGUUUUAUUGUUUAUUGGUGAACAUAUCUUCAUUAAGAGUUUUUGGAAAACUCAUCAAACUCAAUGAAUAAGUUUUCUUCAUAACCCAUUUGGAAUUAUUCCUAAUAAAAUGAUAAAAACAUGUAA